AUGAAGGGGUCAUGGUGUGGCCUGGUCGUGGUCGCAUGGUCUGUGGCAUCGUCUUGGGCAAGCCCCUUGUCCUCAUCAGACUUCGCACUUCAUUCGUCCUCUGAAACAGACCUGAUGAUACGGAGGGGGAUUGAACUUGCGCACACUCGAGAGUUGGAGAAACGACUCUCGGAAGAGUUCUCUAUGGAUAAAACCUGGGACAACGAAACGCUUUUCGGCGGCUCGUGGACAGAUGACGUGGAAGAUGCAACUGGAAAGACAGCUCUUUCCGUUGUCUGCCUGCACUGCUACACCAAAGGCACUGUGACGGCCAGGUUAUGGGAGGACCUCUUCCAUCCAACUGUGCGGCUCGAGUUUGAUCAAGUUGAAGCAUACGCUUUCUUGGGAGUAGAGACAAGCGCCAGCGGCACCUUUUCCAUCAACCUCUUUGCCUCGCAGUCCCCUAUAGGGCUUGCAUUUCCGGGCUUGAGUGUCGGCGUCGUGUUCUUCGUGGAUCUGGUGUUCAGCUUGUCUGAGCAGAUCGACCUGACCGGGGGUUUCUAUGUGAAACUGGCAGACGAUGCUUACCUCGAAGCUGAUAUCUUCGGUGGGGAUAUCACGGAUUCCUUCUUCGAUGGCAUCAGUAGCAAGUCUAUCCCGGUCACUGUCAAGUCUGGUAGCGCCACAUUCAAGGCGGACCUCCGACUCCGUGUACAGUGUGGUGCCGAGACAUCUCUGGACAUCAUCGGCAUUGGCAGCGGUGCCGUUGUCGGGAUUUACGCCAAUAUCAUAGAGUUCGUCGCCGUUCUAGACUCGACGCCGGACUGUGCUUUGCAGGCCAGAGAGUGGUGGGAUCUCAACGUUGGCGCCUAUGCGCACCUCGAUGUUGUUGUGGACUAUACUACUAUCGGGCCGGUGCCAACCGUCUCGACCACGUUGCUGACAGCUCCCACCAUGACACAAUGCUUGAUAGAGGCGAGUGCAUCAAGUGCUUUGACGGCGACCUUGCCAGAAACCGCGGCAACGACUCGCACAACAACAGCCUCGCAGUCCGGCAGAGAAGGAACUUCGGCUUACUCCUCCUCAGCCCUGCAAUCAAGCUCGUGGGCGGAAACAUCCACCAGCCCCUCCACAUACUCAUAUCUAUCCGAAACCUCCUCAAUCACUUCGCCCCCUGGGCUCAGUACCUCCGCGCCCCCCUCCGUGGCCUCCAGCUCAAGAUACCCAUUGAUCAAUUCGACAACAACAUCAGCCAAUGAUACUGGACUGGUCACGUCCACCAUCUAUUCCACGACCGCCUACACCCUCACAAGAUGCGCAGCUGACGUCAUCAACUGCCCGGCCUCGUACCAGACGGAGGUUGUCGUGACCCGGACUCUUGACGUCUACACCACCGUCUGCCCGGCCUCGGCGCAGGUAGCCACGACCCCCCUUGGGACUCCACUGUUCUCUUCUCCCUCCUCACCGUCUGCCUCUACAUUGGCCGCCCUAGCUACACCAACAGCGGUGCACAUCGUCACUGACCAGGUGGUCAUGCUGACUCCUUGCGCCACCCCCAUCGUGGACACCUUCGUGCCGCCGCCUGUUUCUACGGCUCCGGUGGUCGAGCACAUCGCCGUCGCUGGCUACACAUCCUCCGCCUCGACCGGCCAUUUGAAUCAGUCGAUCACGAGUUCAGUAAGGCCACAAUCUUCCAGUGCAACUAAACCGUCUUUCGUGGCCUCUCAUGGCACUGGGAGUAAAAGCGUGGCCUUGUUUACGCAGGCGCCGAUGACCGCGGGCGCAGUUUCUAACGGCAAGUCUGUGCUGUUCGCAUCGGUCUUCGUGGUAGGUGCACUCGCUCUGCUCCAAUGA